AUUGUGCAUCAGCUCUGUCUGCUGAGUUUGCUUUGCUUGACGUUUCGUUUUUUGGUCGUACAUACACGUUGUGCUUUGUAUGACAUACACUUUUUGCGGUCUCGCUCUCUCUCUCUCUUUCUUUCUAUACGACGACGAACGCGCAAUCGUUCCGUGUAUUUUCCACAGUUCAACAUUAGCCUUACAGUCAGUCAGGCUAAAAUCCAAAAAAAAAAAAAUUAAACAUGACGUCGCCCAAUUUGUGUGAGGAAAAGGAAGUAAUGGAGGAGUUCAUUAGCUGCUAUCGCCAUUUUACGCCAUUGUGGAACACCAAUGCCGUCGAGUAUCUAUGCAAAAAGAAGAAGCAGCCCGGCUAUCAGGAACUAUUGAAAAUCUUGCGACGCGUUAAUCCCGAAGCAACACUGCUGGAUGUCAAGCGCAAGAUCAAUUCGUUGCGUUGCUGUUAUCGCCGUGAAUUGAAAAAGAUACGCAGUAAAUCGUAUAGUGGCUAUGAGCCGCGUCUUUGGUGGUUUCAUUCCAUGGACUUUCUGCAGCCCGUACUUAACCUCAAUGUGACGACGCAGUACUUGAAACGUGACAACAACAACAGUUUGUCGUACGACGACAGUCUCGAUGAGGCGAGCAUGCAAGAUGGCGAUUUCUUUGCACAGUCAUUUCAACAUGAAGAGGAUAUGCUUGUCAUCGAGAACGAUGCCGAAGCUGAUGCCGAAGUCGAAACCGAAGCUGAUGCCGAAGUCAUUGGUGAAGUGUUAGAGCAAGGGGGCGGCGGUGGCAGCGGCGUAUUGAAAGUGAAAAACAAACAAUUGUAUGCACCUUCCAGCAACAUCAACAACGGCAGUAAAAAUCUACAGUCGCAGCGCAUCUCAAGUGCAGCGACAGCGCAGUCAACGUCACGUAGACGCGUGCGUAAUAUAAGUUAUGACGACGUCGACGCCGACGUCGAUGCCGACUAUGAGGAAUUGACGUUACCCGAGAGCAGCAAACGGCGCCGCCAGAUGAUUGACCAUCACCAACAACAACAACAACAACAGCAGCAACAACAACAGAUGAUGGUGGUUAACCGCAGCAGCAGCGUCGAGCAUGCGGAUAGCGAAUGCGAUUUGAUUGGCCAACGCAUGGCUGCCCAUUUCCGCAACAUGCGUCCCGAUCAGCGACUCUUUGCCGAGCGCAUUAUCAGCGAGGUGCUCGUCUAUGGCCGCAUGAAUCGUCUAUCGCUCGACGCCCGCUUCCUGCCCAACGGCAGCGUCAACGCCAGCAGCAGCGGCGGCGGCGGCAGCGGCAUCGACGAUGUUCAUGCGAAAUAGUGCAAACAUUAAAAGGGGAAUGAGAGAGUGUAACUUUAGGGGGCUGGAAAGGGGGAACUCGUGAACUUUUGCCAAUUAACGAGAGAGCGCGUUGUUGUGACUAUCGCAACGGUGGGGCGU